AUCAUCAAGGAAGCUUAAUCGCGCUCUGCACACGAUCAAUCUGCAGCGCGUCAAAAAUAUCUGAGAAGAGAAAUGUCUUUGAGACGAGCGCUGCAUUUUGUUUUUAAAGUUGGCGACAGGACCAAAACAGCCACGUUCUAUCGAGACGUGCUGGGCAUGAAGGUUUUGCGCCAUGAAGAGUUUGAAGAAGGAUGCAAAGCGACUUGCAAUGGGCCCUACGAUGGGAAAUGGAGCAAGACAAUGGUUGGCUUUGGUCCAGAGGAGGACCACUUUGUUGCUGAGCUGACAUAUAAUUAUGGGGUCGGAGAAUAUCAUCUCGGCAAUGACUUCUUGGGCCUCACCGUGCAGUCAAGCCAGGCUGUCAGCAACGCUAAACGUCUGGGAUGGCCCCUCUCCGAGGUAGGAGAGGCGCUGUACCUGACCCAGGCUCCAGGAGGGUAUCACUUCUACCUGGUGGACAAAGAGCAGCCUCCUAAGGACCCUGUGCUGAAGGUUUGUCUCGGAGUGUCCGACCUCCAGAGAUCAACGCACUACUGGACUACACUCUUGGGAAUGAAGGUGAUGGAAAAGAACGAGGAAAAGAAAACGGUGCUGAUGGGAUUCGCAGACACACAAUGCAAACUGGAGCUUCAUGAUAUCAGCGGGAUAGUAGAUCAUGGAACGGCGUUUGGGAGGAUUGCAUUUUCAUGCCCACGGGAGCAACUGCCUGACAUCGAAGCCUUGAUGAAAAAAGAAAAUCAGAAAAUUCUCACUCCGUUAGUCAGCCUGGACACUCCUGGAAAAGCCACAGUAGAAGUUGUGAUCUUGUCUGACCCGGACGCCCAUGAGAUUUGCUUUGUGGGAGACGAGGCGUUUAGGCAGCUGUCCAAGGUGGACCCCAAAGGAAAUGACUUGCUUGACAAGGCCAUGGCUGAAGAUAAAAGUGACGAGUGGUUCGCCAAGCACAACAGACAGAAAGCUGCUGCGUGAGAUGAAGGAGAUUGGGAACUGCCAAUUUCUCCCCAGUUCAGAUGAUGUUGAGAUGCUGCACGUUGCACAUGUAGUGUGAAUCUUCUUAUGAUGCCAACUGAAGAAUGCUUAAGCCCGCAGUGGGCAAUGUGUUUUCCCCUUUGUAGCAUUCCAAUGAGGUGCUGUUGCACUGACAGCACUUGUUCAAUUUGAUGGGUAUCUUUCCAAUAAAUGUUGUUCCUAUCAGUAACUUAGAGAGGUGGCCUGAAACCGUUAUUAAUGCAACUUUUUUUUUAUUAUUAUGAAAGGUAUCAACCAAUCUUUGAUGCCUCCUGCACCAAUGCAGCACUUAGUUCUCCAAAUUGUUGGAAUACUACAACCUGGUACCAGUAAGCCUGUGGUAAUCUGAUUAAAAAUAAUUUGACAAAAUGUUCUGAAAAAUCCACAAUACAAAUAAAAUUAUCUCAUCUCAUCUCAUCUUCAACUGCUUAUCUGUGGUCGGGUCGCGGGGGCAGCAGCUUCAGUAGGGGGCCCCAAACUUCCCUUUAAACUUCCCAAAUAAAAUUAAUUUAAUUUAAUUGUAGAUUUUGGAAACAGGGCCACAACAUGAGCCUAAUUGUUGGUGUUGUACUUGAAUUGUGCAAAUUCUAUAUGCCUGCAGUAGCAUGAGGCUUUUCGGGGUCUGGGGCAGUUUUUCUGUAAAUCCUCAAUCUUUUGUAUUCUAUGCUAUGAAGCCUGAGUGAAGCUGCAACCGUUAUGUCAAUGUCAAGUUUCACUUUGUAAAAUUACAUAAUGUCACUCAUUGGCUGGAAAUAAAACUCGUCUCUAACUUUU